AUGGCUCUUCCUCCGAAGUGGUACCAGUUUCUGGUCUGCGUCUUCGCCUCGCUCGGCUCCGUGCUUUACGGAUACGAUCUGGGUGUCAUCGCCGAGGUCAUUGCAAGCCAGUCUUUCCGUGCAAAGUUUGGUAAAAACGACAAUGAACACGGAGCCGUUGUCUCCAUCUUCACCGGUGGUGCCUUCUUUGGUGCCAUGUUCGCCGGCGUCACGAACGACUGGCUCGGACGCAAAUACACCAUUCUUAUUGGCGCGCUGGUUUUCUGCUUGGGCGGCGGUCUUCAGACGGGUGCUCAAACAAUCGACUACCUGUACUCAGGCCGUUGCCUUGCCGGAGUUGGCGUCGGUUUCCUCGUCAUGGUCGUCCCUCUCUACCAAGCUGAGCUGGCUCAUCCCAGCAUCCGUGGCCGAGUCACCGCUCUCCAGCAGUUCAUGCUUGGCAUUGGCGCCCUGGCUGCUUCAUGGAUUUCCUAUGGAACUUACAUUGGCUAUGCCGAAGACGACAACCGCCAGUGGCGCGUCUCUCUGGGUCUCCAGGUCGUCCCGGCCGGUCUUCUGGCCCUCCUUAUCCUGUUCUUCCCCGAGUCGCCUCGUUGGUUGAUGGACCAUGGCAAGCCCGACGUGGCCUUGAGGACUCUGGCACAGCUGCAUUCCCACGGCGACGAGACAGACGCAUGGGUGCGCGCCGAGUUCGAGCAGAUCCAGGAGGCCAUUAGCCUCGAACAUGAGCACGAGGCCAAGUCGUACUUUGAGCUCUUCACAGACAAGUCCUGCUUCCGCCGCCUGUUCAUUGCCAUGGCCUUGCAAGCAUCUGUCCAGAUGACCGGUGUCAGCGCCAUCCAGUACUACUCCGUCACCAUCUAUGGUAAAAUCGGCAUUUCCGGAGACGACACGCUCAAGUACCAGGCUAUCAACUCUAUUAUCGCCCUUGUCGCCCAAGUCUUGACCAUCCUCUUCAUCGACAAGACCGGCCGUCGCUGGCCGCUCAUCUUCGGCAAUUUGGGCAACAUGGUGACCUUUAUCAUCGCCACGGCCCUGCUUGCAAGCUUCCCGCCAGGUACCAGCGGAAACUCCUCUGCUGGUUGGGGCUUCAUCGCCAUGACUUGGCUGUACAACUUCUGCUUCUCUUGCACGUGUGGCCCUCUCUCCUGGAUCAUUCCCGCCGAGAUUUUUGAUACUCGCACCCGCAGCAAAGGCGUCGCCAUCGCCACCAUGACCUCCUUCGCCUUCAAUACCAUGAUUGGCCAGGUCACGCCCCUCGCUCUCGAUGCUGUCAGCUGGAAGUACUACAUCUUGUUCAUCGUUUGCAACUUCACCAAUGCCGUCUUUUUCUGGGCCAUCCUGCCCGAGACCAAGCAGCGCCCACUCGAGGAGAUGAACUACCUUUUCACGAACGCACCUCUCUUCGUCCCCACAAUGGACAUGAGCGCCGUCCAGACGCACGAUCUCGAGCGCAGAGCCGAGGAGGUGGAGCGCAAGGGCAGCAUUGUGCGGCAGCAGGAGGUGGUCUACCAUUAG